AUGGCGAAAAGAUCCUCUCUGCCGAGGACUAUGGCCUCAAAAAUGAAAAUCUCAUCAUCAAGUUCUUCUCAACCCCUUCAAACCUCAAUAUUUCCAUCAAACUUGGCAUUCGCGAGGGCUUUUGGUUUCAACGUACCCAAAACGGCGCCGUACUUACCGAGCAUCUCCGGUGGACAAUGGGUUGUUCUACACAAAAGUAUAGGCAUCUCCGCCAUGCACAUGCAACUUCUCUACAACAACAAGGUGGUCAUCUUCGACAGAACCGACUUUGGCCCUUCCAACCUCUCUCUCCCCUCCGGCAAGUGUCGGUACAACGAUGAGGCUAUAGCAGUGGAUUGCACCGCUCAUUCUCUUCUAUACGACGUUGCUUCCGAUACUUAUAGGCCUCUCAUGGUGCAGACCGACGUGUGGUGUUCUUCUGGAGCUUUACACCCCGACGGAACCCUAGUACAAACUGGUGGUUACCUUGGUGGUGCUAAAAAAAUUCGCUUGUUCUCCCCGUGCAAUGACGAUGAUUGUGACUGGAUUGAAUUGCCGCAAGACCUAAAGGUUCAAAGAUGGUAUGCUUCGAAUCAUAUACUCCCCGAUGGACGUGUAAUUAUUGUUGGAGGACGAAGAGCUUUUAGCUAUGAGUUCUUCCCGAAGGAUUCACAGAAAACCUUGGAAGUUUAUCAACUUCCAUUCUUGAAGGAAACAACAGACCCGAAAGAAGAGAACAAUCUCUAUCCAUUCUUGCACAUUAUGCCCGAUGGAAAUCUUUUUAUUUUCGCGAAUCAACGUUCGAUAUUGCUUGAUUACGUUAAUAAUCGUAUCCUUAAGGAGUUUCCGGCAAUUCCUGGUGCAAAAAGGACGUACCCAUCAACUGGUUCGUCGGUGUUGCUUCCUUUCCGGUUAACCGGCGGCGAUGGAGCUGAGUUGCCGGAGGUGGAGGUGAUGAUAUGCGGUGGUGCACAGGGAGGUUCCUUCACGAAGGCUGAGAAAGGUGUCUUCGUGGCAGCAUCAAAUACAUGUGGAAGAUUGAAGCUCACAGACCCUAAAUCCCAAUGGGUGAUGGAAGAAAUGCCUAUGGGUCGGGUCAUGCCCGACAUGCUAUUGUUACCUACGGGUGACAUUAUCAUCCUCAAUGGUGCUUCGAAAGGAACAGCCGGGUGGGAAGAUGGAGAUGACCCGGUACUGACCCCGGUACUAUACAUGCCCAAUCAACCCGACAAGGAGCGUAGAUUCAUUGUGCUCAACCCUAGCACAAUUCCGAGAAUGUACCACUCAGGUGCGAUUUUGUUGGCAGAUGGCAGAAUAUUAGUGGGCGGAAGUAAUCCACAUGCAAAAUACAAAUUCAGUGGAACAAAAUACCCAACUGAAUUGAGUUUGGAAGCGUUUUCACCGCAUUACUUGGGACCACAAUACACGCUUCUGCGCCCUUCAAUGUUAUCAUUGGGGUCCACAAAUAAGGGAAUAUCAUACGGUCAGAAAUUCUCAAUCAAGUUUACUUUGAGUUUGGGCAGUCAAGGUUUCACCGUAACGCUGAUUGCACCCUCGUUCACCACACACUCCUUUGCAAUGAAUCAGCGACUAUUAGUGUUGGACAUAGUAGAGGUACAACAGUUAUCUGCAUUUGGGUACCAAGUUUCUGUGUAUGCGCCACCAACAAGGAAUAUUGCACCCCCGGGAUAUUAUAUGCUGUUUGUGGUCCAUGAUGGAGUCCCUGGACAAGCUGUUUGGAUCAAGCUGAAUUGA